CUAAACUCCUGUUAUAUUUCAAUGAAAUACAUCUCAAGCCUUUGUUUGCACUUCUUGACCAUGAAGAAUACUGCAGCAUAAGUGCCUGUCUUCUGUUUCAGGAAUGCAUUAAUAAAAACAAAUUCGACCAGCUGAGGUCUGCCAAAUGUCGACUGGACGCUUACAGGGGGCUGGCCAGCGAGGCAUACGUAUCUUUGUCCAGCAAAGACCCAUUCUUGACCGCGUUUGAGCUAGCUCAUGAGCUACGAGGUCUUUCCAAGUCCGAAGUGUUUUUUAAGAAAGAGUACACAGAUCUGGCUGACCAGCUGAGUGACUACGUGGUCAAGCUCUUGGACCGAGUGUGGACACAAAGGGAGCUCAGUGCCGUGCUGGACAAAACAGGCUCUCCCCAAGAAGAUAAAUUUGAAAGUCUCAACAGGUUCAAGAUGGCGGUGGACUACGAGGAAAAGUUGUUUGUGUCGCACCCGAACUGCCAACAGCGCAUCGACAGAUGCUGGUACGAAGGUCUCAGUAAGGUUGGCAGAGCGGACUGGGCAAGGCGGCUGGGUCUUCUUUUCCUUUCUAUUUUGUCGUUCCCAUUCUUGGUCAUGUGUUUUCUCUUUGCACCAAAAACAACCUAUGCUCAAAGCUUAGCCGUGCCGGCAGUGAAGUUCGUCACCCACACGGGAUCCUUCCUCAUCUUCCUGAUUCUGGUCAUCGCCACCAGUCAUCCAGAUCUGUGCGUCUGGGGCGACAAUUUUCCUCUCAGGCCUAAUGAUGCCACCGUAACGGAAGUCAUGGUGUCUGUGUGGAUUAUGGGAAUGGUAGUCCAAGAAUGCCUAGAAAUAUGGCAGUUUGGAAUCCAAGCGCAUAUCAAAGAUAUGUUCAACGUCCUCGACCUGAUGUUAUUGUCAGUCUACAUUGCCACGUAUACCAUCCGGUACUGGACCAUAUUCAAGGUGAUAGGAAAGCUAUCAUUUAUAGUAAGGGCAUUUCAUUCAUUAAGACUAAUUGUAUUCUUUGCGUUUUCAGAUCGCAUGUUCUGGGAUCUUCAUGAUCCAAUCAACACAGCUGAAGGACUCUUUGCCAUGGCCAAUAUUCUCAGCUUCUCGCGCAUUGUCUAUCUGCUUCCUGCCAAUGAAACGCUGGGUCCUUUGCAGAUCUCACUGGGGCGUAUGGUCAAAGACAUCCUACGCUUCUUUGGCCUGGCCGUGAUGGUGAUUGCAGCCUUCAUGGUGGCACUGACCAACCUGUUUUGGUACUACGCUACAAGGGACACCAUCGAGCUGCACAAACAGUACAUUGAGACACCUUCAGCUGUGGAACACUAUGGCGGGGUGAUGUCCACCUUCAGAACCGUCUUCUGGUCCAUCUACGGCAGAGGUAGCGUGGAUGACGUCACACUGGGCGGGUACAACAACACAGUGACCGAAACAACCGGAGAGGUUAUCGACGGCAUGUACAACAUCGUGAUGGUUAUUCUUCUACUCAAUAUCCUCAUUGCUAUGAUGUCGAGGUCAUUUGAUAAAAUUCAGGAAGAUGCUGACGUCGAAUGGAAGUUUGCCCGUAGUGCUCUGUAUCUGAACUAUAUCUCUGAAGGCAGAGUUCUCCCAGUUCCACUGAACGUUAUAGAGAUUCCCUAUGACAUGAUAAGAAAAAUUAUCAGUUGCUGCCAACACACAAAUGAACCGCCCGAGCCAAAAAAAAACGGAAAACAUCAUUUUGACAGAAGCAUAAUUAUGAGAAUUAAAGC